GUCAGCGAUGACGUCUGCGCCUGCGCGCACGCUUGCGCAGAAGGGCCCAAGGACGGGUGGGGGGUGAAGAAGGGGCCGGCCUUCGAGCGACAGCGACGCAAGAUGGCAGCCACCACGGGCUCGGGAGUAAAAGUCCCUCGCAAUUUCCGACUGUUGGAAGAACUCGAAGAAGGCCAAAAAGGAGUAGGAGAUGGCACAGUUAGCUGGGGUCUAGAAGAUGACGAAGACAUGACACUUACCAGAUGGACAGGGAUGAUAAUUGGGCCUCCAAGAACAAUUUAUGAAAACCGAAUAUACAGCCUUAAAAUAGAAUGUGGACCUAAAUACCCAGAAGCACCCCCCUUUGUAAGAUUUGUAACAAAAAUUAAUAUGAAUGGAGUUAAUAGUUCUAAUGGAGUGGUGGACCCAAGAGCCAUAUCAGUGCUAGCAAAAUGGCAGAAUUCAUAUAGCAUCAAAGUUGUCCUGCAAGAGCUUCGGCGCCUAAUGAUGUCUAAAGAAAAUAUGAAACUCCCUCAGCCACCUGAAGGACAGUGUUACAGCAAUUAAUCAAAAA